AUGAACAAUGAGCCCUUCACCCCAUCCAGCAAGCCGGAGCUGAGCCGGUGCCCCAGAGCAUCAGCCAGCGAGGGCUACAAAGAUACUUUGCUUUCAAAACUGGGGAGAUGUCUGGUCUGUCAGGACAUAGCCUUGACUGUGCUGGAGCAGUACGGCUUCUACAUAGCUAGCGCCGAGUCUCUAAGUAGCACUGACCCUGCCAUUGUCUUGCAGGAUGAAGAGCAAGACUCAGACAGUGAGACGGGGCCACCCACGGAGGAGCCCGAGGAAGAGGAUGGAGCGGCCUUCUCCUUUAAGUACAGCCCUGGGCAGCUGAGGGGAAGCCAGUACAAGAAGAUGAUGACCAAAGAAGAACUGGAGGAGGAGCAGAGAGUUCAGAAAGAACAGCUGGCUGCCAUCUUCCAGCUCAUGAAAGACAACAAGGAGACGUUUGGGGAGAUGUCUGACUGCGACAUGCAGGACCAGCUCCGCCUGUACGACAUGUAGGCCUGUCGCCCAGCAAGACCUGACCCAGAGCACCCUGACAGCCCUGAGGGACUUGGUUCGCCCAGUUGUGGUUCCCAGACUACCUUGUAAAAACAGAGACGUGUGUUAUAUGAGGAUUUGCCCAGCCCCUGCAAUUUUUAUGUCAUGUUCAAGGAAUCGGCAUUGCUUUCCUCAGAGGAGGGAACCCCCGAACCCUGUGGCUUCAGCUCAUUGGUGAGGGUCUGGCUGUGUCGUGUUCCACACACCCAGGGCAGGUGGUCCAGGAGACCCUAAGCACACUGUGUAGACGGAAUACAAUGCUAUAGGGGAGAUGGGUGCUAUCUAGUAACACUACACUCUUCAUCCUGUCCUAGGAGCAUCUCUGGAAGUAUCUGGGGUGGCAGUGAAAAAUGAUUAAAAGGGUCAGCUGUUACCCUGGGGUAGAACAGUGGGGUCAGUUACCCUGGGGUAGAACAGUGGGGUCAGUUACCCUGGGGUAGAACAGUGGGGUCAGUUACCCUGGGGUAGAACAGUGGGGUCAGUUACCCUGGGGUAGAACAGUGGGGUCAGUUACCCUGGGGUAGAACAGUGGGGUCAGUUACCCUGGGGUAGAACAGUGGGGUCAGUUACCCUGGGGUAGAACAGUGGGGUCAGUUACCCUGGGGUAGAACAGUGGGGUCAGUUACCCUGGGGUAGAACAGUGGGGUCAGUUACCCUGGGGUAGAACAGUGGGGUCAGUUACCCUGGGGUAGAACAGUGGGGUCAGUUACCCUGGGGUAGAACAGUGGGGUCAGUUACCCUGGGGUAGAACAGUGGGGUCAGUUACCCUGGGGUAGAACAGUGGGGUCAGUUACCCUGGGGUAGAACAGUGGGGUCAGUUACCCUGGGGUAGAACAGUGGGGUCAGUUACCCUGGGGUAGAACAGUGGGGUCAGUUACCCUGGGGUAGAACAGUGGGGUCAGUUAAGAGAGUUGCUGUCACUGUUGAAGUUCACCUUCAAUACAGUCACACCUGGAGCAAGUUUGGCACACAGAGAACUGUGCGGGACACUGUAGACAGAAGGAAUGAAACACAGCAGGACACAGCAUGUGCUUAGCAAUUUCAAGACCCCGAGUUCCAUCCCCAGCACCAGACACCCUCCUCCGACCACCAGUCCCCCAAAACGACAGAGUGAUCUGUACCUCUGUAGAGACAAAAAGGCCUUUUGAUAAUGAGAAAGUACCAGAAGGCAUUGGGGAAAAUGCUCCAGUGUCCCCUAGAAUAGUGCCUGGGGUGCCGGGAGACCACUCAGUGAUGACGCGGAUGAGCUACAACAGCCCCUUCGUUCCCACCAGUCCUACUUCUCGUCACCCCACUCUGCCAGAAAGUUCAUGGCCUGAGCAAGCAGAAUCAAAGGUAUGCUGAGGACAGGAAGCAGGAAAGCUCUUAAGACGGACUUUUAUUUGCUAAAUAAACUAAAUCAAUAUAAAGACA